CUAAAUUGAUAUGUUUUAUAAAUAAGCAUUUUAUUCUCGAAUGUUUUAUUCCGUGUUGGAACAACGAACAAAGAUGUUUAAGGAAUUUCUGUGCUUCUUUGCCGUUUUGGCAUUCAUUGAAGCGACUCCACUGGACGCUCUCGCCCGAAAUGCUGGUGCUAGCAACACGUACACCCUGUAUACAAAGAACAACAGACUUACAGGUGUACUAGUGUCCGGCUUACUAUCUGCCACCUCAGGAUUUGAAGCCGGCCGGCUAACCGUGAUUCUCGUCCACGACCACGAAGGCAGCCGCACAGACGAAUUCAAUGACCUUGUAAAAUACGAAAUCCUCGAACAUAACGACGUAAACGUCGUUGUAGUAGACUGGUCUACUUAUGCCAGUUAUAAUUACAAUGCUGCCUACAUCGCUGUGCCAAGUGUCGCCGAGUACCUAUACAGUUUUAUCGUCAUGAAUUUAAGCAGCCUGCCUUUCGGUAACCUCCAUCUGAUUGGGUUUGGACUUGGCGCGCAUAUUUGUGGCAUGGCUGCUCGUCCUUUUGGAGGAGAGGUCGCCAGAAUAACAGGUCUCGACCCUUCUGGAUCAGGCUGGGGUACAAACAGCCCGCGCUUAUCAAAAAGUGACGCGAUUUAUGUAGAAGUUAUCCACACUGAUGGCAGUGGCUUGUCACCGAUCGGCAUCGGCACAGCUUUGGGAGACGCGGACUUCUUCGUCAACGGCGGGGGCAACCAGCCCGGCUGUCUGACCCACAGGUGCAGCCACAACCGAGGAUACGAAAUUAUGGCGGCAAGCAUGGACAACAAUAUCGAAGGCCGCCUAUGCAGCUCCACGCUGCAAAACACCUUGAACCUCUGCCGGGGAGUGACACUUGCAGUGGGAACCAAUACGCUCCAGAAACGAGGGAACGGCAUCUAUCGUGCCAACACUAAAAGAUAUUACCCAUUUGUCUAAGCAAGAAUAUACGAUUGCCAGUUGCUUCACAUCUCUGACUGCAACGCAGCAAAUAAGAGUAUACUUACCUAAUUGGUGUAUGAAUUAAACAUUUUUUAUAAUUA